CUUUUCCCGUUCCCAUCCGCCAUUUUCGCCGUCCCACCCCUAACUUAUGUGCCGCAGCAUUCAUAAACCAUCAUGAUAGAUCAAGGAAAAGCCUGUCAUUUCGCAUUGCUGCUAAACCUCAACAGGACCCUGACUUCGCGUCUUGCGUGCCGUUUUCCCAGCAACCGGGGUGGCCUUCUUGUCCUUCUUCGCAGCUUUCCCGUUUUCGUGCUUACCGUUUGGCGAAGCAUUCUCAGUGGCGGUCGGCUCAUCUGCGACGUCUUCAACGCGAGCCUUCUUCUCGGCACGCACCUCCGAUUCCGACUUCUCUGCCGCAUCGGGGGCGGAUGCGCCGUUGGUAGCGGCAAGAGGCUCCUCAGCCUUACGCUUUUCGCCUGCAGCCGCUUCGGCGAUGUCGUUGACUUCAGGCUUACUGGCGCCGUUGAUGCCCGCGGGCUUGUCGUCCGCAGCAUUGUCAGUCAUAGGGACAUCCUUUGGGGCGGAGACAGCAGGCGCCGAAGUUGGAGCAUCAGUGAUGAACGCAUUCUCAUCCUCAUUCUUUGGCGUUUCCUUUGGUUCUUCUUCGAGGUUGAGCACGGGUCGUGGAGUGCCACCUGCGGGUGUCAUGUUGUUGACGGGUGUCUCUGGCACAGACGCAACCUCGACGGGCUUCGGCGGGGCGCGGAGACCACCGGCUCCGUCAGUUGGCUUGGUCUCCUCCGGCUUGGCGGGCUCCGAAGGAGCUGUCGCUGUGUCCAAAGUGGGAGCGCCGGCCUCGGCCUCGGGGGCCGUGGGUUCAGGUGCGCCGACUAGGGCAUAUCAGCUCAGAAUUCCGUGUAUAAGCGCAGUGGUGAGCCACGGAGGUCGAAACAGCCAUGGCGAACAUGUCAAUUGCGAAGCGCUGCAUCAGACGCGAUGGAAACGAGGCCAUUGAGACGGCUGGCGAUGGGACAUACCUUUGUCUAUAGCUGGAGCGAUUCCGUCCGACAUGAUGAUGACGUAACAAUUGCUGUCGCAAGUUGACUCUAGCUUAUAAGCGUGUUUUUGCGCGACACGGCGAAGUCGAUAAUGGAUACGAGAGAUAUUUGCGAUAAUUUCUGAGGCUACAAGAGUGAGGAAGCUUCACAAUGUUGAUGUAGGAAGGAGGUCAAAGUCGGGGAACGAGACACGAAGAAGGGGAGUGAGGUUGGCAGAGGAAGGCACGAGGCAAGUCACGACGGUCGGUUCCACAAAGCCAUGUCCAUCCACAGCUACCUCACUUUGCCGAGAAACAGAAGCAGCAUAGACACAGAGAGAGAAGCCAGAAGCAAAUUGGUAAGGCAUGGGUAGCUCCGAGGCCGAGGCGGAGGGCGCACAAACAGCAUCGAGGUCCCUCGCCCGCGGGGAACGAGUGACGAGAUACUUGGACGGGAUGAGCAAGGGAAUUGGAAGAGGAGAACGCAUAGCACGCAUUGGGCCAAGGAAAAGCGCCCUUUCGUCACUCGACUGCGACUCUGUGGACUGUGAGGUUAGCCCAAGGAACACCCGUACUUGACGGUGUGAACUCUGUAGAUCGGGACGGACUUGGUCGUCAUCUCGGAUUGGCUUUUGGUCUCUGGGUCAAGGAUCCCAGUUCCUAGUCCUUUUUUCCCAGCUGGCGUUUGCGUGCUUUGCGGGGAACCAAGAGGGAGCUUUGGUGGGUCGGGAGCUCCUCGAAGGAACCACAAGCUUCAAUUGUAAGCCACCGAUCUGGAAAACAGAGGACUUGAGGGGUGGACCGCCGGAACCAGUGAGACACAGGAUGGGCUUAGUACCGGUACUUGGUUUUGCCGGGGAAGUGGACGCGAGAUUGGUGAAGACGUAAAGAGGCUCUGUCUUCAGUACCAGACAGUAAAUGUCCAGUGAUGCAAGGAAACGUUCUUGUUCAACAACAAUAAGCCGUGGUUAAUAUUGAAUAAUCGGUCGAUGACCCAACAAAAAGACCUCAAGCGACCAGCAAAGCCUCUGCUGUUUCAAAAGCUGACGAGCAUGACGCAGAAUUGACAAUCGCGAGCCCUGCAACCUGCAAGUCAUGUCAUGGUCCAAAAUCAUCCAUGUUAGCAGAUCGGCAUCGGCCAGACCAGAGCUUGUAACUCACCAGCCACAGCAAGUCGUGCACAGCCACCACCAAUUCAGGGGCAGCCAUCGUGAGCUUAGUCACCCCUGUCCAUCCCCAAUCGCCAGCUUCAAGGUGUCCCCUGAGAGUGGCUUGACGCGAAUAACGACAAGACAUCCAACAAACGCGAUUCCCCAAAUUUCCCACGCUCAUUUUGUCGUUCGCGAUCGAACUUUGAUCUUUCUUCUCUUCAGGUCGCUUUCUCAUUUAAAAUCCUUCUUCGAAACGAUACCCUUCUAAGCCCGCCAUGGUCGCAAACACGAACAAGUACUCGGUUAUCUUGCCAACCUACAAUGAGCGCAAGAACCUGCCCAUCAUUACCUGGUUGUUGAACCGUACCUUUACUGAGAACAACCUCGAUUGGGAACUCAUCAUCGUCGACGACGGCUCCCCCGAUGGAACCCAAGAAGUUGCCCAGCAGCUCGUCAAGGUCUACUCCCCCCACGUUGUCCUCAAGCCCCGCGCUGGCAAACUCGGUCUCGGAACAGCCUACGUCCACGGUCUCAAGUUCGUCACCGGCAACUUUGUCAUCAUCAUGGACGCCGACUUCUCCCACCACCCCAAGUUCAUCCCCGAGAUGGUCGCUCUCCAGGCCAAGGGCAACUACGAUAUCGUCACGGGUACUCGCUACGCUGGAAACGGUGGUGUCUUCGGUUGGGAUCUCAAGCGCAAGUUCGUCAGCCGUGGUGCCAACUUGUUCGCCGAUACUGUCCUCCGCCCUGGCGUGAGUGACCUCACGGGCAGCUUCCGACUGUACAAGCGUGCUGCGCUAGAGAAGGCUAUUGCUAGCACUGAGAGCAAGGGAUACAGUUUCCAGAUGGAGCUUAUGGUGCGAGCGAAGGCUAUGGGAUGCACUGUCGCUGAGGUUCCCAUCUCUUUCGUCGAUCGUCUUUAUGGAGAGAGCAAGCUUGGUGGUGAUGAGAUUGUUCAGUAUGCCCAGGGUGUCUUCAACCUGUGGCUCAAGGUCUAAGAAUGGGAAUGACAUGCACAAAAGGGACACAUCUUGUUGGAUGGGGGCGUUUGGGGAAGUAUAGUACCGUUUAAUCUAAUACCACGUUUCUUCAUCAAUUGAUGUCCUCCUCGACUGAUCCAGGAGUCCUAUCUAACUCGCCGCCUGGAUAUACUCUACAUAUUACGACCUCCAGUGACCAUGAUGGUCUGGCCUGAUACAUACGAAAACAAUGGACUCGCUACAGCCAGAACAGCGCUCGCAGCUUCAGUUGCAGUACCAGCUCUCCUCAGCGGAAUAUCUGCAUGGGCAUUAUCACCUGCCGCCUCCUUCUGUUUCGUCGGGAUACCCAAUGCAAUCUUCUCACCAUCUGGUCCAGUAACGAACGCACCGUCUUCUUUGGCCGCCGUCAAUCUUGUGAGAAUAUGUCCAAAGGCAACAGUAUUCGCUCUCACGCCGAAGGAGGGACCCCACUCCUUUGCAAUCGUCUUUGUGAAGCCUGUGAUACCCGCCUUUGCAAGAGAGUAAUUGAGCUGUCCCGCAUUGCCAUGCACUCCAGAUGUAGAUGAAAUGUUGACGAUGCAACGAGGAGCGCCG